AAUGAGAUAGGCUGGAUAUCAGAAGAUAACCGCCCAUAAGAGACGAACAACAAAUAUGGAGUUUUGAAAUAGUAGCAAGUUGGCGGCCAAAAAGACCCUAAAUUUCGGCAUUUUUGUAGUUACACGAGUGGUAGUUUUCUACCUGAUUGAAGUGACGCGAUGCAAUCAUAUCAAACGUAGUUUAUGUUUUGUAGCAGGCGCUGUUGACCGGGUAAACAGUUCGGUAUCUUGGCUUCGACAAAAACAAGGCUUAGUAGCUAGCUAGCUAAAGCAGUAGCAUUUGCUGGGUUUCACCCUCACCGUGCUUUGCUCAAUAACAAACGAAGAGCACGACCCGGGCAGAAAUGGAGAAGAGAGACUUCCUGAAAGGACUGCCCGUCUACAACAAAAACAACUUCAGCAGGUUCCAUGCAGACUCUGUGUGCAAAGCCUCAAACCGUCGACCAUCUGUUUAUCUUCCAACUCGGGAUUAUCCCUCAGAGCAGAUCAUAGUCACAGAGAAGACAAACAUCUUAUUACGAUAUCUACAUCAACAGUGGGAUAAAAAGAAUGCGGCAAAAAAGCGAGAACAGGAACAAACAGAAGGGGAGAACACGGCACCUCCACGAAAAAUUGCAAGAACAGACAACAGAGAGCCGAAUGAAGCUUCAUAAACUGCUGCGCCAUCGAUUCUCCGAGUAGAGACUGACCCACUCAGACAAAAUGCACGAGCCGAUGCAAAAUACAUGUUUGCAAAUAAGUUUGCCACAGCUGCACAAGCAGUUUGAUUUCAGACCACAGCUGUCAAGUUGUUCCUAAUGUUUGGACUUUACUUUAGAGCUCCUUCUUAACCAAAUACCUUUUUCCUCAGUUUAUUCACUGCUUUCAUGCAUUGUUUUCUUCCCUUUGAGGAGGCCAUACUUCUACUUCAGAGUUUUUUUUUUCAUAGUAGUCUUAAAAUGAUCAAACAUCUACCUCCUUAUUGCCCAGUCCCUGUGGUUUUAUUCCACUUACACCCAUGUAGUUUUUCUUUAAAGAUGCCAGGGAUUUAAAAAAAAAAAGAAGAAGCUUUUGGCCUGACCCUUUAAAGGUUUACAGUUGCAGUAAUUCACACAUAUCUGAAAUGUGCAUGUGCUGUGAGAUGACCUUGUGGAUAUUUUUCAAUCAGGAACUUAAAUUUUUGAAUUAAGUAACGACAGAAAUUGUUCAUAUGUCAUUUUAGGUAAUCUUUUUAAAGAUUACUGCCAUUACAAUAAGUGGAAAUAAUUAUUUUAAUAGUGGUUUAGGUUUAACGUUAGAUUCAGGGUUUGUUUUUGUGAGCUGCGUUGCAGAAACAAGACGAGUGAUCGAGAAAUGUUUGUUUUCUCCCGAUGAAUAAUAACUAUAAUGACUUAUUGCCUUAUGUGGAAGUGAGUGUGUUUCCACUUGCGUCUUAGGGUGCCCCUUGGUUUACAUUGUGUUUCAGGAAGAUUAAGCACUGCAGAGUUGGAUGGACUUUGGUGUAAGAAAACAUCCAAGCCAAUAUUUAUACUAGAGGAUGCAAUUUUUACUUGUACAUAUUUUGUAGCUAAAAUCUCAGCUUCUUAAUACUUCAGCAGUUGGAUCUUUGUAAUGGCGCCAUCAGCACAGUAUUUUACUGAAUAAUAUGUGUAAAUUUACACUUUAGCCAUACUGUUGUUUUGGGGGGACUACUGAGCAUCCUAGCUGUAAAUGUGCUGUUCUCGUGUGCUUAAACACGUCAGUCAUUUGAGCCAUGUUGAGGAAAUAUUUUUGGAUCAACAAGGUUCAGUACAUACAUUGCAAAGAGUGAAGCUGCUCCCAAGGCUCUGCAAAUCUUGUAUAUUUGUACAGUAUGUGUAUUGUGAUUGCCCUCACCUUUUUAUCAGGUAACAAGACUCACUCCAAUUUUCUUUCCCAAGCUAGCUGUAGUUAUCCUCACAUUGUUAAGACAACUUUUAUGCUGUAGGGAGUUUGUGUAAAUGAAACAAAAGCAUUUAACUAAUUUGUUGAGUUUUUGCACCUUAUGAAAGAAAUACUUUUGAAAAGUUUAACCUGCUACAGUGUACACGAGCCAGCCACAAAAUUAAAACUGACCUUAUGUCAUGUCGAUCUCCCCUCGUGCAACAGCUUUGAGUGUGUGGAAUUUAAGGGAUGGGUCAGUGCUUUGGGCUCUUUGUGUUGCUUGAGCUGUUCCUGGGCAGUUUGAUGUUUGGCCAGAAGCAAGUGCUGUCCUUAAUCCACUUAUGUACUUUGUUUAAACGCCCACUUUAUUUAAGAGAAAGUGGGUGAUAGUAACAUCCAGACGAAUGCGCAAGGUUUCCAGCAGGACGUUGCAGAAGAUGUUGUGUUUUUCAUCUUUCAGAGGUUUUAUCAGUGUGGCUGACUCAUGAAUGUUCACUUUCUUGCUUGUGCAGGUCAGUGGAACGAGAGUACACGUAGAUUUCACAUGUACUACUUUAAACCUGAAAGAGGCAGUGUAUUUUCUUUAGCUUCAUAUAAAAGAGUCACCCAUUUCUUCUGAUGUCUUAUGGUUUGUAUUCCAUCACUUGAUUAAGUUUGUUGUUUUGCUUUGAGUUGAUUGUAUAGUUGUAUUGUCAGUUUUGGAUGUUCUUGUAUAGAUUGCUCUGUGACAUGCAGUAAAGAUGAUAACUCUGUAAUCAGCAGCCAGUCUUGGGGUGAAACUGAAGAAAGAUCCUUCUUUCUGAUUGCAUGUGCAAAUAUGCAGGUAAUAUACAACACUUUAAACAUUGUUUAUUUUUUUUAUAGCUCGGCACCUGAAAGCUAUACCUUUUAAUACCAUGUUUAUAUAAGAGAAUACACCAAUGACCACUUAAUUAAGUACAGUUCUUUUAAUAAUUGGUUGGACCCACUUGUACCCUCAGAAAUGCCUGAAUUCUCCACAGCAUAGAUCCAACAAGGGGCUGGAAGCAUUUUUCAGAGAUUUUCGUCCAUAUUGACAUGAUAGGAUCACACAAUUAUUGCAAAUGGGAAAUUGCUCAAAUAUUCUAUUGUCCAGUUUUGGUUAAACUUUGCAAAUUGUAGCCUCACUUUCCUGUUCUUUUCUUGACAACAAUCACACCCGCUUUGGUCUUCUGCUGUGAAGCCCAUCUGCUUCAAGGUUUGAUAUGUUGUGCAUUCAGAGAUCCUGAUAAUUUGAGUUACUGUUGUCUACCUAUCAGCUCAGUUUCCAAAAUACUCAGACCAACCUCUCUAGCACCAACAUCCAUGUGUUCCUUCCUUUCCCAUUCUGAUGCUUAGUUUGAACUUUGAACUCUGGACUAUGUCUGCAUGGCUGAACAGGUAUACCUAAUAAACUGGCCUCUGAAUG